AUGGGUGGAAGACAAAAGAAAUCAGCCAUCGAUACAGCAAUCUUACUCACUACCGAAAUCGAAAGAAAUUCAAGAUCCAAGAAGAAAACCUCAACUCUCUUCCUGGAUGUUAAAGGCGCCUUUGAUCAUGUAUCUAUGAACAAAUUAUUAGAUAUCUGCAAGAAUCUAAACCUCCCAACCAGCCUAAUCGCCUGGAUCUCAUCUUUUUUGAAGGAAAGGCUACUCAAGCUCUCAUUCGAUGGCCAAAUUGAAACCUUCAAACCGAUCAAUACCGGGAUCCCCCAAGGGCAAAACCAAUUCAAGAAAAUCCUUCAAUCCUUGCAAAACCUCGCCCUUCGAAAAAUCCUAGGAGUAUUCAAAACCUCACCAAUAAAACCAAUGGAAAUAGAAGCCGCAUUGUGCCCUCCAGAACUGGCUACAGAAAAGGAGAAUCAAGAUGUAGUUGCAACCCCUCAAAGAAAGCAAUUAAAACCUACUCAACUCGAAAAGAUCAAAAAUUCAAUUCAGAAAGACUUCGAUCCUCUCACUUUGGAAGGAAUCCAUCAUUUCUACUUUCCUCCUUGGAAGAAAGAAGUUCCAUAUAAAGUCAAUAUCAGCAAAUUAGGAAAAGAAGAAGCUGCGAUGAUUCACAAUCUGGCUUUCAAAUAUAGGUGCAAAAAUACCAUUACAAUAUACACCGAUGCCUCAUCCACUUUAGAGGGAAUAGGGAUUGGAAUCGGGAUAGCGGUUAUCUUACCAAAUGGCCGAAUUUCUCAUCAAGAGACUAUCAAUAUAGGCGUGAAUCAGCUUGUCUAUAAUGGGGAGCUCCUAGGAGUUACUAAAGCGAUCGAAUACGCAAAUUCAAUAGCCCAACCAGGAAACAAGUUCAAGAUAUACUCAGAUAAUCAAGCAGGAUUAUUCCGGUUGAAAACCCCCUCCGAUUUACCUGGUCAAUCAUGUCAAAUCAAAGCUAUAAAAGCUGCGGAAGCUAUUCAAAAUAAAGGAGCCGAAAUCUCUCUCAAUUGGGUCCCUGGACAUACAUCUGUACAAGGAAAUGAGCUAGCUGAUUCUCUUGCAAAAGAGGCGACCAAAAUACCAUCCUCAUCUCACGAAACCAGUUAUGCCUCCAUUGGAAUGGAUAUAAAAAGAAUGAAAUCAGAGAACUGGAUAACCAUCCUUAACACUAACAACUUUCAUCAACCAUCGUCAACAUAUUCAAGAAACUACCCCUGGAAGAUCAGCUCAAAAAUCAGAAUUCCAGGAAACAUCAAAAGAAGCACAAUCUGUGCUCUGUUCCAACUCAAAAUUGGACACGGAUACUUCAAAUCUUAUUUGAAACGAUUCGGUAUCUCCUCUAAUGACAAUUGUAGAUGUGGGGGAAAGGAAUCUCCUGAUCAUCUUCUGCUCAGUUGUCCUUUAUAUAAAAUGGCAAGGAAAACCCUCAAUAAGGAUAACCCCACACCACCAGAUCAUGGCAUCUCAAUAGAAUGCAUGAAGAAGAAGAGGAAGAAGGCGGAGAAGAAGGGGGUGGACCGGAAGAUUGUGAUUGAAUUGAUCAAUUAUGGCCAAUCUGGUCAAUUUAGUCAAUUUGGUCAAUUUGGUCAAUUUGGUCAUUUUGGUCAAUUUGGUCAAUUUGGUCAACUUGGUCAAUUUGGUCAAUUUGGUCAAUUUGGUCAAUUUGGUCAACUUGGUCAACUUGGUCAAUUUGGUCAGAGAGUUGGGUCUCCGACGACAGAUUUCGAUAUUAGGAUUAAUCUUAUGGGGUUAUUUAUCGGGGAUGGAGAACGCAGAAUGAAUUAUAUGAAGAUUAUUUGUCCUGGGGAGCAGGGAUGGAGAGGCGGAGUGAGGGAGGGAACGGAACCGGAUUUUGGGGGGUUGGAGGAAUGGGUGAGGAUGUUUUGUGAGGAUGGGGCGGCGGUGAAAGAAUUCAUCCUCACGCGCCACAUUCCCAAUUUCUCAACCACACACGUGCAAGGACUUAUUUUAGCGUUGAUAGCGCAAACGGGAUAUCCAGGACACACGAGCAUACGAUUUCCCGUCACGCAUUCGAAAGUGGUGAUACGUGCUCCGGAUCGAGUGAAUGCAUUUUUUAGCAGUGUGACGAAGGUUUUUAUGGGGUCGAAGAGGUAUGAGGUGCUAGGGAGUGUGUGGCCUUUUGCGGAUGUGGAGAGGGGGGCGGAGGGAAGGAAGUGUGUGGUUAUGGGGGAGGAGGAGUGGUUUGAUGAGUGGAAAAACGUUAUUGGGAGGGCAGUGGUGAAUGGGAAGAAGGGAUGGGUGACAAUCGAAGAUCGAUUAGAGUGGUUAAUGGAGGGGCAGGGAAAUAUUGAGCAGUGGCGAUGGAGUGGGCAAGGAUAUUAA